AUGGUUCAAACCUACAGUAACACGCCCAGAGGAUCGAAUGCUAUACCUCUGCCAGAUUUCACCAAUGAAAAUGUCCAUCUCUCAAAUGGGUACACCUAUCACGAUUCACUUACUUCUUUGAUCGGGCUGGGUUCUUUUGGAGUCGUCUACAAAGGCUACAACGAAGACGACAAUAACAAAGUUUCUGAAAAUUAUUACCACGAUCAAGUACAUGCAAAUGGAACCCGGCAGGUUGCACAAUUAGAAUUCCCUAAAGCUUGUCCGUUUCAGGUGGCCAUUAAAAAAAUGUCGAGAGUGCACGUGAAAGAAAACGAACUAAAAGUAAUUAGGCUUCUAAUCGACAACAUUGCUCGCGGUUAUAAAGAUCUGUUCGAUUUGAAGAUUGUCCAUCGCGACAUCAAACCACAAAAUAUUCUCAUAAAAUACGUAGGGAAAAGCAAACAGCUUUCCUCAGCAAAAAUCACAGAUUUCGGUAUCGCCAGGACUCUAGACACGGAAGAAUCUGACCUCUGCAACGUUGCUGGGACCUUAUUUUACAUGGCUCCAGAAGUAGGAGCUAAUCUUCUAAAAACCUGCCAAUACGAUUCGAAAGUUGAUAUGUGGAGCAUAGGAUGCCUUUUAUACCAGUGUGUCACUGGAGAGAUACCAUUUGAUGAGUGCUGCUUGUGUAAACUAUUCCUCUACACAGCUGGCGCUAACUAUGACGCAUACGACCCCCCAGCCCUGCCGGAAACAACAAACGAAGAAAUAGGUGAAAUCAUUCACUCACUUCUCGAAAUAGAUUCUUCGAGAAGAUGUACACCAGUACAAUUUUACAUCAAAGCGACAAGUUUUAGUCAACGAAUUGGCUAG